AUAGGGGAAGGUAUCGUAUCGAACAAUAGUAACAGAGUGAAUGCUUUGAGAAAUAGAAGCACUGGUUUACGAAACCGCGGUGCGAUGGCGAACGCGUGCGCGAAAAAACGGCGGCUCCUCGGCUUAACUUAACCGACAGCGAUUUUCCAUUUUCAGUUGUCGAUAGCGUUCCGUCGCGAACACAACAUCGAAGCAACUCGUGUCGCGUGAUUGUUCAACAAACAGUUGACACAUAGAGAGAGAGAGAGAGAGAGAGAGAAGGGGUCGAUAGAAGCCGGGGAGCUGCAAAGAAAAGUGUUGUACGAAGAAAUAAAGGAAGAGGAAAAAGAGCCGAAAUUGAAAUAUUCAUAAAGCGUUCAUGAAGCUGAAAUCAGAUUUAAUCCAUAAAUUGAUUUGUAUCAACGUUUAUUACCACCGAUAUUCGUUUAUGUACAAUCGGAUCGGAUCGGAGAUUUAUUUGUUAUUAAUUUUCUAUUUCUUUUAUUUAUUUUCACCUAUUUAAUAGUGAUAAUAUAUUCGAAAUUCGAAGAGAAAGGCAAUAACAUGGACUGUGGGAAGAGAUCGAAGCGCGAGACGGUCAACAAGUGGCUGGAAAGCGAGUAUCCGGCUUAAGGUUGCACGUGCUCGUUAAAUUUUCGAGCUACGUUUACUUGAAACUAUUGUUUUCUGUGAAAUUUGACAAGACGAGACGAGACGAGACGAGACGAGACGAGACGAGACGAGACGAGACGAGACGAGACGAGACAAGACAGUUGUACGUAGUAAUAAAGGAAAUAGAAUAGCAAGCGGAGGGGGAAAGAAGAAGAAGUUAUAGGAAGAAAGGAAGGAAAGAAGAUCGGACGAGUGACGAUAACGAGGAUCAGGCGAUCACACGCGUGUAUACCGAGCAUCGUUCUAUUUCGGGGAAAUGUUUUUAACUCGGUAACCUCGAGAAACGCCAGAUUUUACUAUUUUUAAGAGCCAAGUAUUUGAAUUUGAAUGAACCGGAAGAGGAUUCAUUGGUCGUAAGUACAUAGUAGGUAGCAUUAAACGGAACUGAAUGAAAGCCAAUCAACUACAUCAAUAUACAUAUGUAGAAUGAUUAAAGGUGCAAAAGUAUCGUUUGCAAGACCUACCAUUUAUUAACGUCCCUAAAGAAAAGAAAAGAAAAGGGUAAAAGGAAAGCGGAAUGGAUAAUGGUAGCGGUACAUCGAACGAGAGUACGAUGCAAGUUUUGCCAGGGGGUGGUGGUAGCGGUGAUGGUGAUAACAACUAUUGGAAGGAUGUAACAUCGAACCCCAUCGUCCAAUUAAUAUUUUACGCGUUUUACGGAAACAUAUUUGUGCUGGGUGUGUUUGGUAACGCGUUGGUGUGUUUCGUGGUCGCACGAAAUCGUCAGAUGCAGACGGUAACGAAUUUGUUUAUCACGAAUUUGGCAUUGAGCGACGUGCUGCUUUGCGUGUUAGCGGUCCCGUUUACGCCUUUGUAUACUUUUCUCGGCGGUUGGAUAUUCGGCCGGACUCUUUGUCACUUGGUGCCGUACGCACAAGGCGUUAGCGUGUACGUGAGCACAUUGACGUUGACCAGCAUCGCGAUCGAUCGGUUCGUCGUGAUCGUGUAUCCUUUCCAUCCUCGCACCAGACUCGAGGUUUGUCUGUCGGUGAUCCUCGGUAUCUGGAUAAUCGCUUUGACGGUUACUCUACCGUAUGGAUUGUACAUGCAUCUCGAGGAGCCGGAAACUUAUUGCGAGGAACACUGGCCGAACGAAAGAUUUCGCAAAGUAUUUAGUUCUUUGACGACGAUACUUCAGUUCGUCCUACCUUUCUUCGUGAUCGUCUUUUGCUAUACCUGCGUGUCGAUCAAGCUGAACGAUCGAGCCAGAUCGAAACCCGGUAAUAAAACCGGGAAGAGGGAACAGGCGGACAGAGAAAGGAAGAAACGAACGAACGGAAUGUUAAUCGCCAUGGUCACCGUAUUUGGUAUCUCUUGGCUACCGCUGAACGUCGUCAACGUUAUCGACGACUUUUAUUCCCCGGCCAACGAUUGGUCCUAUUACAGGCUUUGCUUUUUCAUGGCCCACUGCCUAGCCAUGAGCAGCACCUGUUACAAUCCUUUUCUUUACGCUUGGCUCAACGAUAACUUUCGCAAAGAGUUUAAGCAAGUGCUUCCGUGUUUUUCGAAAAGAAAAUCCCAGGGACACGGUGUAGCAGCGGCCGCCGAAGAAGAAUUGCAGCUUGAUAAAGCGCCUAACGGAAAUAACACGCUGCAAGAAUCCUUGUUACCGAGUCAAACUCGAAUCCGAAUUUCAACUCCGGACAACUGCGAGUUGAUCGUUCUCGAACCGACCACGACCAACGCCUCGAGAAAUCUCGACGAGCAAUAGGCAGUUGUGUUUUUCAUGGAACUUGAUGGAGCGCUCCUUGAGACUCUAUUCUUGCAGUGUAACUUCCAUCGAACGUACUUACAGUAUAUACAUAAUCGCAAACUGCAAUCGAAUGCAAAAGAUAGAUAUGAAAUUUUCUAUGAUAAAAGAACUACUGACGAUAAGGAAAUUGUUGUCUUACCGAUCGACGUACAACGUGUAUUUUACAACAUAUGUUAUGUAUAUGUAUGUAUGUUAUAAUAUACAUAUACAUAUACAUA